AACAUCCCCGCCGCUCAGAAGGGGACGGGGCGGAUCCAUUUCGGAAUUGAGGGCUUUAAACUUGCUGUGCUCGCUCGUUUUCGUCAACCAUGUCAUGACUCGUUGUUGUCCAGUUCCGUCUUCCCAAGUCGAUAAACACUUCCGCAGUAUCCGUACGAUCCUCGGGGUACGAGGAUUGACCAGCAAACUUAUCGCUCUGGUCAUUUCGCAAGCAUUCUAUCAGAACAAUAAUACAUAGACAGCAGACAUGAACAUGGACCACUCGAGCCAUUCGAGCAUGUCUUCCUCUUCAUCGAUGACCAUGACUAUGGUCUUCACCAACAGUCACGACACUCCGUUGUUCUCCUCGGCAUGGACACCGUCCUCCAGCGGUGCUUAUGCAGGCACCUGCAUCUUCCUAAUCGUCCUGGCCAUCAUCAAUCGCUGCUUAGUCGCUUUCAAAGCCUCCAUGGAGCACUACUGGCUCGCGACUCAUCUCAAUCGCCGUUACGUUGCCAUAGCGGGGAAAUCAUCUGAAGCCGGUCGUAUCGACACAGACCCUGACGCGAAGGUCGCUUCUUUGGUAACAGUUCAAGGUGUGGAAGAGUCAGUAAAGGUCGUGCGACGCGUUUCACGAGAACCUAUUCCCUGGAGAUUCAGUGUCGACCUUCCACGAGCAGCUAUCUUCCUGUGUAUCACAGGCGUGUCCUACCUGCUCAUGUUAGCCGUGAUGACAAUGAAUGUGGGCUAUUUUUGCUCCGUUCUUGCUGGUGCUUUCCUCGGAGAGCUGGCGGUCGGACGGUACAUCCAAUGGAACGAGCACGGUCACUAGAAUGAUAUGAAUGUCUUUAAAUAUGAGUUCUGGAUUUAGCAACGGCGCCAUGGAGUUCAACGGCAAUAUUAUACGGCAUUAUCAGCAUUGGGUUAGACCUCGAUAUCAUCUACCUGCUUUUUAUCUCAGCACCUACUAUCUAUCACUCAGACGAGAAUAUACACCAACCACUUCGCUUCUUCAAGUGAUGUUUUACAUGUGUCUCCAUCUAUGCAGGGAAGAUGGUGAGGAACCAAAUUCGACGAUACUUUCGUUCCAGCUACCCUCAAGGCUCAAUUUGUAGUUUCUAUAUAGCUGCUAAUGACGCGCCGCUGUCC